CCCCUGCUCGAUACUCGUGCUGUGCGCGCUGUCCGUGCUCCGAACAAAUGGGAGAGAAACGUCAGUUCAACCAUGGCUCGACGAGGAUACUUAGAACACAGCUUUUUUCCAGAGCACAGGUAGAGCUUCCUCUCAACAGGGGCCCAUAUAUGGUUUACGUUUCAACACAGAUAACCCAAAUAAACACAUCUGAAGGAGUGGAACAGAGACGAUGAAGGAAUGCUGUGCUGCUACGUGGCUGUAGGCCUAAGCCGACUGACUAUUGGUCCAGUUAUUCCAAGUCAUCCACCAGACGGGCGUUUCGUGGUUACCGGCACGGCGCGGCACUUUGGCCUAUUACACUCGGCACCUUGGGAUCGAGGGUGGAAAACGACUCGCCCUUCAAGUUGCCGCUCAGCCCUCCCCCUCCCGUGUCAUUGCGCACCUACUCAGAAUACCGGGCUGUGAUUGGAGCAUCACAUGGUCGGUGACGGGUGAUGCCAUUGUGACAAUGCUCCCCCAACUGCCGUGGCCAGGCCAGGCUCGACCCUUGUGUACUCAUAGCUUCUGCCGGUGCUGUUCAGGCGUGAAGACGGGCUUAUGCCGUGUGCGGACUUGCCGACAGAAACCUUCUUUUUGCCAUUCGAUCAGACGACACUGCGUAAAAGGAGUCUAGUCCUUUCCAUGGCUGCCGUGAGUUAUUGUUGCAGGAAGGAUAACUUCAAGGGUUCUGGUAUCACUAAGCCUGACAGAAACCAGCUUAGCGGCAAGUGAUUGAAUUCUGCUCUUUGCUUACGAUUUACACUUAAGUCUCGAGAGAAAAUGGCACCACCAGAGAGUUCGCUACCGGUAAGCACCACACCUUAUACAAGCGACAUUUGGGACGUAAACGCUUCAGAGGACGGGAAUGUAUCAUAUGAACUGGUCUGGAAUUCAACCUCUGCCCCCUCGGUGUGGUAUCCCAAAAGAAACGAAGAACUUGCCACUGUAGAGAUUCUGUUGUCCGCUUCCAUCUUCUUCCUGGCUCUCCUUGGUAACUCCAUCGUCAUUGCCGUCCUGUGGCGCCGUCGGAAGAGUCUUUCCAGAAUGCACUUUUUCAUUAUCCACCUCUGCAUUGCCGACUUGAUGGUGGCGUUUUUCUACACACUGCCGCAAAUGAUCUGGGAUAUCACCUACAAGUUUUACGGUCCCGACUUCAUGUGCAGGAUUGUCAAGUUCUUCCAGCUCUUUCCAGUCUACCUAUCGACUUACAUCCUGGUCAUGACGGCCAUUGAUAGGUACUUGGCCAUAUGUCACCCGCUGAUGGGACUGCGAGGCAACCAUACCUUGCGCAUGCGCUUGAUGGUCCUGACAGCGUGGAUCAUAUCUGCCGUGUGUAGCAUGCCUCAGUUCUGGUUCUUCAGGCUGGAAAAUCGGACCAAGGGUCCUGGCGUGGCGUGGAUGGACUGCCGCGGAAAUUUCCCAAGUCAAAGCUUGGUGGUGGCAUAUAUCACUUUCUUUAGCAUGGCGGUGUACGUCAUACCGAGCUUGCUUCUGACCGUCAUGUACGGGCUGAUAUGCUUGACCGUGUGGAUGAACAUGGACAGGCAGUACAAGUACCUUGGCAAGAAGCAGACUGCAGCGCUGCCGCAGAAGGACAACAAUAACUGGGAAGAGGACGAGUCAGAUAAACUCAACCCAGAGCACAUGGAGCUGCAGCAAAAGAGCGCCACCAAGAGGGAGGGCCCGUCCGACCAAAAGCCGCAGAUGCUGUAUAGGCGUCAUGGGGCGGCGGGAAAGGUGUCACGUGCCAAGGUCAAGACUGUCAAGAUGACAUUAACAAUUGUGACAAUGUAUGUGACGCUGUGGGCACCAUUCUUCAUCGCACAGCUGUUGUCUGUCUGGGCCAAGAUUAACUAUGAAGCUGUCUUCUUCACCAUUUCAUUACUGCUGGUGAGCCUGACAAGUUGCAUCAAUCCGUGGAUCUACUUUGCGUUCUCUAGUAACGCAUUGCGAGACAUCCAGCAGGCAUUCGGCUGCCUGAACCUGUUCCGGCCUAAAAACGGCAUGUCCUCAGACCGGACCCACCACGACGAUAACUCCAGUCGCUACGUGUCGACCACCGGCACAGCAGCUGCCUCCAUGUAGGCACCUUGGAAAGUCUGGUACUCAGACUAAACAAAUACGACUAUUUUGAGUGAUCUUUAUUUCUGGUAGCCGCCACGUUGAAGCGUCUGAAACGUUUCUGAAUAAUGCCCGAAACUCGCCAAAAUUUUCCAAACCUAUAUUUGGCAUGUAUCAAUCACUUCUCUUAAACUGUUGAUUUUCCAAUACACACCACAAUUAGGAAAACAAAGGCACAAUUUUUAUUACGCUGACUGUUAAAAAAAAAAACCGACAUGAGCGUUGUUCUUCUAAAUUUCGAAGGGAAAUAUCUGUCAAACCUUAUUUAGUAGACGAUAGCUAUUUGCUGUCAAUAUCAUUGAUACGGCUGGGUACCAGCUCAGCCCAAUGACAGCGGCAGUUGCCCAAGUUGGUGUUGGCAAGACACUUUGUGUCAGAGAUGUACCUGUGUUGAUGCAUAGAUGCGGGUUUUUGUAAAGGAGUAGGUGUGAUCGGGAGCCACAUUAUGUCUCCGGUACCCUAACUCAUCGAGCAUUAGCCUUGAGACAGAGAAGGCCGUCAUUCUGACCUAAGUCAAUAGAUUCCAUGGAAAAGCCUCGUGAAAUAGUAGGUUUUAAGAUCUGGCAGUUCCCAGUUUUGUAGUCCUUAAACAGAAUGGUUUUGAGGGCGGAGACCCGACUGAUAACCGAAGAAAAGUGAGGUGUAAAUGGUAUGUUUCCCCGGCUGUACUAACGUCCUGCUUCUCUUCGGCUUUUGCCUCUUUAUCUUUUAUCUGUGUAGAGGUGUAAUGAAAUCAUUUCCUGUAGCACAAUUUUCUGUUAAUAUCAUAUUCAUAGCAUUAAAGAUCAGGCCUGUUUUCUUUGAGUAGCAGUUGAGCUUGAUACCGAAACUUGAGAUACAAUUGAUCUCUUCAUCUUGGUUUCGGUAUCAAACUCAACUGUUACUCAAAGAAAAACAGGCUCGAAGGUGAUAGAGAUUCAUUCAAACAAGUUUUCAGAUCUGCUGCUACCAAAAUAAUUCAAGUUUGGCACAACGCCAAACGAAGGUACUUAUUGUGAUGAUAAGCAGUCAGGGGUCCUACAUUUUGUGACAGAUGAAAGAUGUGCUAAUUUGUUAGAGAGGAAAAUAUUAAUAGGAGAAGUGAAGUAAUGUGAUCGUUAAUUAUUUUCAUCUUGAAAAUAAUGUGAUCGUUAUUGUGAUUUUUGCAUUACAGUGUAAUUAAAAAAUUCGUGGAUGUUAUAAGUGUUUAUGAUAGGUUUAUCUUUAAACAGCAGGGCUUUUGCGAAUUGUAUUGGCUUAAUAACUUUAUUGCUGUUUAGUUUUACGACGUACACAUUUAGAAAGCAUAGGACUAGAAUGUCAUACAUUGUAGGCCUAAGUUGCAAAACUGUAAAUUUCUUUUUUCAGUGUUAAAAGAUGUAAGUUCUGUUUCUUGAUAAGUUGUGCAUAUGGGAUGCAUCCGUCCCUGAUUAAUUAACGUUCAUAUUCCUCGCCAUGCAGAUUAUCGAAAGCGCAUAAAACGCUCUCGGUGUUGGAACACCUUUUACACCGAACACCUUCGUUCGUGUCACGAGGGGCUGAAUUAAAAUGCAGGAAAUACGAACCCGACGCGAGGGCGCCAACUGAAGAAAGCUCCCGAAAGCUGAAAUCUCUCAAGGCGCAGUGAUUGGACCCACGCUUUGCAUCACGAGCGGGUUCUGGAAAGCGAAAAACGAGAGAUUACAGAACGGAGGGAAAGAAUGGCAGUUAAUGUGAUAUAAGGAAAUAAGGACAUGUAGAAAGACACACUGCAUAAAAACAAAGAAAGAUAACACAGAACGGGAAUAUGACAUGACACCGACUCACAUCAUUAAUUUAUGUUACUCAGCGAUGGCCAACGAAAGGAAACACACACGAAUAUAAGAACAGCAUAUUUCAAGCUAGUCCGAUUACGGAUUCUCUUUCCAUUGAUUGUUGAGGUUCUCUCACAACAGAAAAAGCAACAAGACACAACACAUAUCCCAAGUUUAUAAUAGUGUUUACUCUUUAGCAGUACGACACAUAAUUAUAUAUAAACAUGUACAUAACAUUUUUGUAGAAACACCCAUACACAGUGCGAUACAUUACAGCGUUUGCGAAGUGAUCACUUACUUUUGUAAAAUUAUUAUACGCACUGGAAAAAAAAUACGGUUAAGUUUUGCAUUGACAAACUUUGCCAAGAGUAGCUUUGGUAUGUCGUUGCCAGAUCAUAUUCCCUGCCAAAUUAUGUAAACGGAGUUGAUGUUAUUAUGAUCAUCAAGCAAAAGUUGCUGAAAAGCGAUUUAAAAAAAAUGUGUUAGUGUAUUCUUCUAGUGUAUAGUAUCGGUGAAUUUUUGUCUUUUGUACUGUAACCGUCAACGGCAAAAUAUAUUAACAAUGUCACUAUAUUAAUGCACUGUUUAUUAGCCUAUUUUAGGCUCCGUUUUCGAGUAUGAACACCAUCACUAAUUAUUACGUAAAUAUAUGUGAAUAUCUAAAGAUAUACCUCGCUGGUAACUUUUUCAAAUCGACACUCCUGCCUAUUUGCGAGCGAUUGAAAGUUGUAAUGUGUCUUGUGAUAUCGUUGACAUCUGACUGCCACUUUUGUGGCAUACUAUCCCCUUGACAGUCAUAUUCUGUCCUGUGAUUUCAUUGACAUCUGACUGCCAUGCACUUUUGCUUCAGGAUGAAACUGAACUUCCGAUUCCGGUCUGAUCCCUCAACGAAAAAUCCAGGGUGCACCCUUUUAGCACACUGCUUAGGGUUUUGUAAUGGAAAUAUUAAACAGAAGUCAACAUUUCCUUAAUUUGAAACAAAAAACAGUAUAUAUACAAACAAUAGUUCCCAUUUACUUUAAAAGAUCGUCAAACUGCCCCAAAAUGACCAGGCCAUCAUCAAAUCUGAAAUGUUUAAACUACAGUGGCACUGUCCACCCCAUGAGUAUUUAUUGUGCUGCCAUUUCAUAAUGUUUUCUUUAUUUAGGAUGUAUGUGUUAAUGAGCAGUUCCCCCAAUUAGGGACAAAGUGGAUGAUUAAGAUUUGUCGGUUGAAUAUAUCAUUAAAUGAUCGGUAAAAUGUGUACAGUGUAUGGCUGUAUUAGCGAAAAUAUUAUAAAUGUGUUCCUGCAUUGAUCACAACUCUCAAGACAAUGAUAAAAAUUCAAACACUAUCAAAAGGAACUGUCCAUAAAUAUAGAAGAAAUGUAUAUGUUAAUCGGAAAAUAGGCCUACAGUGUAUGCAAACAACUUUUCAUAAUUGUUCCAAACCGAAUUUGAAUGUGCUUUCCAUAGAAACAGUGUUGGAGCAUUUCGGCGACGACAGUGGUACUUUGCAAGGGAGCAAAAACAAUGAAUUCUCAACUGUUAUGACAAAAGUUGUAAAUAUGUAAACUGAUUGGGUUCUGAGACACAUAUAGCCUUUGUUUUACACAAUUCACAUGUCUUUCGAGACUUCAAUUGCUGUCCAUGUGCCGCGUCUUUUUACAAAUGAAAUUGCAUGUCUACGAAAUGAAUGUCGCUUACUGUUGUUGCAAAUGAGGAAGCAGAUUUAGGGGUAGGGGCAAUGAUUAUGAAAUUUUAUACUCUCCCGACUUGGAGAUUUCUCGCCACAAAGACGUACAAAGUGGAGAUUGUUCCCUCUCCCCAUUUCCAAGCAGGUGUAGCCACAGUUUAUGUAAAUUCACCUUAAAUGAGUUUCAUAUAGUAAUAUUUGUAACUACCAGGAUAGUUAGUUGCGUUUUAACACAAAUGUAUUUCAUGAGAAAAUAAUUAUUGUUAAAAUUUAUUUAAUCAUCCUGGCGUUAAAAUCGAGUCAAUAUUCAACGCAAGAUUAUAUUAUUCUUAUUAUGAAUGUUAUAAUUAAUCACAAUUGUGUACGUAACAUUUUUGGAAGCUACAUCGUAUUUGAAGUCAGUCUGCAGCACUCAGUGGUUUCUUUGCUACGUAUGCAUGUUUUUGCGUGCGUGACCACGUCUUGCAUGUCUUGAUUGAGUUAAGAAUUCGACAGAUUUCGCUGCUGCUAAGAACGAUGCCGUCAAAAUCGUCGACUUCUAUAAUAGCUGAAGAGUGUAUCUUUCCUAAAAUGCUAGAUUUAAUCCCAUUCAUUGUCAAAAAUGUGGUAAAAUGACAUGAUAAUUGCUGUCCCACAACAUAAGAAAUUUGCAUCCGAAAACGCGGCAAAAUUUCCUAUUUUUCAAUGUUGCCACCGUUUUAAUCGGCACUCUACAGAAAGCUUAGUUUAUGGCCUACUCAAAAAUAUACUUUUUUAUCCACAAAUUCUCUAGCUGACUCAGGGCGCACCCUUUAUGAAGUGCUGACAAAUUUUAUCAGAACGAUUCUGCCGCCAGGCACAUGGAUUUCCUGGGAACUGAUUGGUUGAUAAAUUUCGUCACAUAUGCAUGCAGAACCUCACAUAGCAGUAAGGGACAGAUUUCACAUUAUUUGAUUCAGAAAAUUGUGCUUUUUUCUACUCACCACGCCAUCUUGAGUCCCACCUGAAUACUUUUUAAACGUGUAGUUCAUAAAGAACAUCCGUCUAACUCUCACCUUUUCACGCGCAAAUCUCGCCUCUCAAACCGCACAAGUGGGUCAGCAAAGAAUUUCGGCAAUUUGACCACAUUAUAGCGGCUGCUGCAGACUAUUUGCACAAAGUGUCGAGUUAAAAUACGGAUGAGCCGACGUAUUGAAAACGUUGAAAACAAAUAGCCCAACAAGAAACCAAGGCUGACUCAAGAUUUUGCAAUUUGUAUUUUCAUAACAGGAAAAUACCAUUUUGACCAUAUUAAUGUGCUACGUGUAUGUGGUAAGAUGUAUGUAUACAACUGUAGAGAGAGAUGAAUGAAUGUGUAUCACUGUAAUUACAGAACAAAUAUUAUACAUUGUAUGUACAAAAGUAGAUUAAAACCUGUAGACGAGUGUAA